AUGUGGUCCCCAAACAAUGCAGAGGUGAUGGAACUCAAUAGAAUGGUCUUGAAGAAGUCGCGGAAGGCGUGCAGAGCGCGUGCGGGCGGGGGGCGCGUGCAGACGCAGACGAGCGCGCACGUAGACGCGCGCGGGGUCGCCCGCGGCGAGGAGGGGAGGGUCUGCGGGAGCCGCCGGCGCUGCGGGUGGGGUGGUGGGCGGGCCUGUCUCAGCUGCCCGAAGCCGGUUGUGCCGGGUUUACCCUGCGCCCGCCGCCGAGGGUGCAAGUGCGGCCUGAGCCCCGAGCCGGUCCCGCCACCCUGUCGCGGCGGCGACUGCGGGGAGCCGCCGGCACGGCUGGACAAGGGCGACGAGGCCUUCCGCGCGGGCGAGUACGACACGGCGCCCGAGCUCUUCCGCUCGACGCGGGCCGGCCUGGCGUAGCCAGACCGCGGCCUGUGGCUGCAGGUGGGGGACGCGCUGGCCCGCGCGGGCCGCCUCCCCGAGUGCCUGGGCGCGUUCCGCGGCGCCGCGCGCCUGGGGACGCAGCGGCUGGACGAGCUGGGGGAACUGACGGCCAGCCCGCGCGCCCUGGGCCCGCGCGAACUGCGGGAAAGCCCGGGCCUUGCCCCCCGGGAGGCGCCCCGGGACCUGCUGGGCUGCCCGCGCUGCCGGCGGCUGCUGCACAAGCCGGUGACGCUACCGUGCGGGUGCACCGCCUGCGGGCGCUCCGCCGAGCCGGGCCCGCGCCGGGUCAUCGUGGUGCUGAGCGGCCUGCUGGAGAAGUCCUUCCCUGGCGAGUGCUGGGCGCGCAGGCUGGCGGGCCAGGCGCGGAACCUGCAGCGCCAGCGGCAGCCCGAGGCCGCGCUAGCCAGGUGUCAGCAAGCCCUGGACCCGGCUCCUGGUGAUAAUUCAUUAUUGCUGCUGCGAGCAGAGUUGUAUUUAUCCAUGAAGAACUAUGAACAGGCUCUGCAGGAUGCUGGUGAAGUUUGUCAGAAUGAACCUCUCUUGUCUAAGGGGCAUCAUGUGAAAGCCCAGGCUCUCUCUGGACUGGGAAGAAGUAAGGAGACGUGGAGGGAGUUUCUCUGCUGCCUUGCUCUACAUCUUGAAUGUAACUCAGUGAAGAAAGCAGCCCAGAAGGUACUGUGUGAGGUGUUUUUCCCAGCCUCAGAAUACAUGCCUCAGAGUUUAACAUCUUCUACCCAAAGUAUACUGUUGAACGUGAGACUGAAGGCUCAGUAUCAGAGCCAUGUGAACAGCCAGGGUCCUGUGGAGGAAGGUAGCAGUGCAGGAGGGUCUGAGAAUCCAUCUGAGAAACCUGAUGUGUUUAGAAAUAGCAGUUCCUCAGUUUUGCGUUUCAUCCUGGGCUUACACUGUGAAGAGGAUCAGGAGGUGUUAGACGGCAUCCUUCCAACGGAGCCCAGCACUGGUUUAAAGAGACAGUUUCCGAAUGACUCAGAGGAUGCACGUGCUGUGAGUGCCCCUGGGAAAAUUCCCAGGAAAGAGGCUGACUCCUUACCCCAAACAAAUGUGAACUGUAACACAGGAGAAAGUGAAGAGCUCCCCAUAGAGGUGGCUGACUUUGAGUGUGCCCUUUGUAUGAGGUUGUUCUUUGAACCUGUGACUACGCCCUGUGGACACAUGUUUUGCCUGAAAUGCCUCGAGCGCUGCCUGGACCACGUCCCACAUUGUCCCUUGUGCAGAAGUAAAUGCUCAGACUUGUUAGCAAGCAGAAAAUUUAAUAAAACUACUCUGGCCGAAGAAUUAAUAUUUCGGUAUUUCUCAGAUGCGCUGUCUGAGAGAAUCUGUGAUGAAGAAAUGACGGAGCUGUCACAUCUGACCAGAGAUGUGCCCAUCUUUGUGUGCACCAUGGCCUUCCCCACCGUGCCCUGCCUGCUCCACAUCUUUGAGCCCCGCUAUCGGCUUAUGAUACGAAGAUGCCUGGAAACAGGCCCCAAACGGAGUGGCAUGUGUUUAUCUGCUGAGCAUGCAGGGAUCUCAGAGUAUGGCUGCAUGCUGGCAGUCAAGGACGUCAGGACAUUCCCCGAUGGCGGCUCUAUCAUUGACGCCGUGGGGAUCAGCCGCUUCUGGGUUUUGAGCCACCGUCACAGAGACGGCUACAAGGCAGCCAUUGAAUACUCAGAAGAUGAAAGGGUGGAAGGCCCAGAGUGCGAGGAACUCGUCAUGCUGCGCGAUUCAGUUUAUCAGCAGUCUGUGUCCUGGUUCGCGUCACUUCAGGAUCCCAUGAAAGAGCAGAUUUCAAGCCAUUGUGGGUCAGUGCCAGACAGAGAACCUGAGCCUCAGAGUAACCCUGGUGGUCCUGCGUGGUCCUGGUGGAUGCUGGCGGUGUUGCCAUUGGCACAGAAGGCUCAACUGGCCACACUGGGCGUGAUCUCGCUGAAGGAGCACCUGCUUGCCAUUCGGCGAAUAUUAGUCAUCAUCACGCGUAAGAGGAAUAGUCAGCAAGAGCACGUUAAUAGCAGGGAGAGAAGUAAUUGAUUUCUGUCGAGGUUUCUGGAAGGCCUUGAGUUUUUAUGAGGCAUGCCAGGCACGGACAAGUUAACAUCCAUCCACCAUGCUUUGUAAAAUGCUUGCUGAUAGGGUUCCAGAAUGGAGCACUUGGCAGACGUUGUCUCCUAUUCAGAAGUUAAGUCUGUUCUAGAUGGAAUCUGACUCCAUGCAAGGUGAGCCUGAAAUCUGAAUGGAUCCCAUGGUUGGAAAACAACCUAAAAAAUCUCUCUGGAACAGAUGCUUCCAGUGCUCAGUACACUAAAGAUGACUGACGAGUGGUUUAGGUUUUGCCAGAAAGAAGAUUGCCUUCCCAGUGAAGUGUCUUGCUCCUCCAGACGGGAACAGCUCGCUUGGGUGGGUGGAUAGUAAGAGGGAAACUGUCUUGUUAUCUGGAAGCAUAUUUCUCAGAGUCCGGGCUAGCUGAAAACAUGCUUUGUGUGUCACUGUGAAAUGGAGGAAUCAAACUGUUGUCCAGUGUGGGGGGUGAAGUUAGUCCUUAUCCAAGAAGUAGUACAGAACCAA